AUGCUGAGCCAAUUUCGUUAUCGGGAAAGUCAAGGAAAAGAAGCCAUUCGGUGUAUUCCGACAGAGAAGAACGGUUCCACCUCUGAAAGCAAUUCAGGCUGCUUCACGUUACAAAAACUAACGCCAGCAAAGAAAAAACCCGUAUUUCCCGAAACAACUGAUGAGCUGGUAGAUGAGGAAGAAUGUGAAGAUGUCGUUCCUACUUCGACCCGUACUGAUAAUUUGCAAUCAGAGGUGAAGGUGCUAUCAUCUUUAAAGGCGAGUAUGCUAAUGGGCCAGGCCCCUGUUUCAACUGAAGACGUCCAGCACUUAAAAAGCAAGAUACGCGCCCUAGUAGAAGAAAAUGAUCGCUUGAAGAAAGAUCUUAAGUUUUUUCAAGAAUUCAGCAGCGUCAAAGCUUGGGUUGACCAAUUGAUCUUUAAACAGCAGUACAUCCAACAGUUGCAGAAGAAUGGGGAAUGUGCCUCAGCUGCCCCACUUGCUUCUGCUACUUCAAGUGUGAAGAUGAAUUUACCGAAACUUGCGUAUGAAGAGAUUCAGCCACAUUUUCAAGCAAAUUGGAGUUCCUCACCUCCACCACCUGUUUUGAAUGCACCAGAGACACCGAUGGAGGAGACUAGCAAACCACAAAAAUAUCCGUCGGAUUUGUAUAACAAUCCAUUUCCCAUUACGCAAGACAUUCUCGACCAGAUUCCGCCUGGCUCAAAGAAAUCUGAAACUCGCUUUGUUCUGAAACUCUUCUUCGCCUCACGUACACUGAUAAUUACCUGGGUACGCAUACGAUGUCAGCAAAUUUGACAGGAAA